GAAGAAGACUGGCGUAGGGCUCUUUAAACCUUCCUGUUUGCGGUGUAACCAUUACCCGACCCGUACGCCAUAAGCCGUGCGGCUGAAUGCACCAUGAAGCCGCAGGUCAUUGGGACUAAGAAAGCCCGGUCUCAGUCUAAACCAGACCGGGUCCAGGCCUCUCUGCAGGAGGAGCUGACCGCGGCUAUCCAUGGCGCGUUUGAGGUGGCUGUGGAAAUCGCAGUUCGCGAGGUGACAAAACUGGUGGGUCUGGCAACAGGCGACAUGUACGAAGAGAUGCGACGCGAGAACGAGUCUCUUAAACAACGGUUGCAGAGAGCCGAGUCUUUGCUGGACUCUUCCCGUCUGGAGGAGGGAGAAAUCCGAGGUUCACCCACGACCCAGCCUGUGAUCCGCGACCACCUGAAUCCUCCCGCAUCCAUGGCGGACACGGGUGACGCUCCUCCUGCGGUUCAGCCCCUGGAAGUAACAGACCACCACCAAGAGACCCCUGCAGACCCAUUUGACAGAGGGCUUGGUGUCGAUUCUGCAUCAGACUCAGAGGAGCUCAUCAGUGUUUGUCUACAAGAGAGUUUUGACCGUGAACACAAUGAAAACACCUCCAGUCACUCCUUCAGAAACACGGACGUCAGUGAAGAAUCUUCUAGUUCCUGCAUGGUGAAAGUGGAGAAUAUUAACCAGCGACGUCAAACUGCAGCCAUUCAAGACCACAAGUUUCCGCCUCUUUCCAACAGCAAGUCUGCAUCGGAGCAUGUUAAAGUAAAGGAGGAGAAACCAGAGGACAUGAUAAAUGGUUCCACUUGCCUUUUAGACUCAAUAAAAGUGGAAGAUUUAAGUUCAGAGUGCAUAUCUGCUGUUCAGACUGAAAUGCUGCAGGAGUGGAGACCAGAAGUGCCAGAUUUUCAAAGCCAAGACCAAAACAUCCCACGAUCCUGCAUCAGUCUGACUCAGGGUCAUCCUCCAAACAUGACCACAGGCAUCCUCCCACCCAUAGAUCCACCAUCACUUCCCUCUGACUUUCCAAGCAUCCUCCAGUUGGAAGAGCCUGCUCCCAUCCAAGAGGCCCCUCCACAGGCUUAUGGAGUCCACAUCCGGUCCAACCGCAGUCUUGGUCACUCCUUCUCCAACCUUCACGCCUGCAAAUUCUGUGGUCAGACGUUCCACGUGCCCAGUUUGCUGCGGCGACACUAUGGCCAGUGCCAACAGAAGCUCCAACAGCGCUUUCAGCAGCCUGUCCCAGGAAGCAAGAGGACUAAACUCCAGCUGUUCCCUCCAGGCUGCAGCCCUUUUCGCUGCACAGAGUGCAACCGAGAGUUCAACCGCAUGGAGAACCUUAAGACUCACCUUCGUAUUCACACGGGAGAAAGGCCUUACACCUGCUCAGUCUGCUCCAAGUGUUUCCGUCACUCUGGGGCUUUAACUCGCCACUUUCGUAUCCACACCGGAGAAAAGCCUUAUGUCUGUGGACAUUGUGGGAAAUCUUUCAGAAACUGUGGGGGGCUUAAAUUCCACCAGCGUUCACAUAGCAAACAGCUGAUGUGAAGGGGUGCAAAGGUUUCUAAAACUCAAAAUGUUCUUAGAAAACGGUAAUUUGUUUGCAGUGUAUGUUUGAAGUAACACUGUAUGAGAAGUCAGUUUGUUGCUGCAGCUGGUUUUCUGGGCGGACAUUUAAUAUCUACUUUUUUAUAGAUGUAACAAACAACAUAUUGGAGCCUUAUUUUAACUUUUACCCUAUAAAUGUAUAAACACUAAGUAGCAUUAGGGACUCUUCUGAAUUAUUACAAUGGCCAAAAGUGCCCUAUGUCCCAGUGGUGAAGAAUUCUGAAAAAUGUUAUUAAAUCUGACCCACAUCUGGAUUUCUGGAUGCUGGAUGUCACAGGGACCAAUGUGUGAUAGAGAUUUACCUUGUGUAAAAUCACUAAGUGGAAACAUGCUGCAGUUUUUGAUAUAUAGAUGUGUACAGACAGAUAUAUACAAACAUUCAACUGCAUUAUCCUUGCAGGGUGAGGGUAAGUGUAGUACUUCUUAUGUGUAUUAUACUGUGGUGACCUCUGUAAAACCAUAAAUAUCAGUACUGCAACAAAUUUGACUAGCUUUGUUUGUGUUUUAUAGUGGUUUACAAAUACCAUGCACCUGUUUUUCCUGUCCAGGCAUUGGUAUAAAAGGAUACAAGCGAUACAGCAGCUUUCUAAUCACUAUGUUCAAGAUGUAGCUACAAUAUUGUAUAUUAUGGUUAAAAGCAAUAGUUAAUAAAAUGUAUGUGAAAAAUUGUGAUUCUCAGUGAAAUUCUUUGUAGAAUAAUAGUUCUUACAAAGCCAAUAAUACUAACAUGAGUGUGUAUUAAAAUUUCUUGUGUAGAUAUGGACAAAUAGAAUCAGUCUUAGUCCUUCUCUGUACUCAUGGACUCGGGGGUGUCCCGCUGUCAAAUCGACAAAUGCACUGGGCUCUGAUGUUAACUUUUGGACGUCAUUAUGUGCUCUUUUUGUGAGUUGACAUAUUUGCAGACUCAUAACGGCCAAUAAUUUAUAACAAACUUGGUGACAUGUGAACGUGGUUAUCCCACCCUCUACAAAACAUACACAAACAAGCAUGGAUCAGAUAAGAAUCUGCUCUGGAGUUUUUCUUCAAGUGAC